AUUUGUUUUACUCUUUACACGUGAAUAUAUUAGUUAGUUAAGAAAGUAACUUUUCAUUUGAAAUGAUAAUCAAGUUUUAGUACUGUUGACAAAAAAAAGUUUUGCAAAGUUUUGCUUACGUUUUUACAGACAUAAAAACGUUUUGCAAAAAACAGCAUGUGCAGCCGAAAUCGACGGUAAUACAUUUCAGAACGUGGAGAUAUUAUUGUCUUCCUUUAAUGACAUCAUUAGUCUAAUCAAUUAUUAAUAAUUUCCCUAGUGUCUGUUAAAAUAUCUAUAUAAAUAUUUAAGCUUUUCUCUUUUCCACAAGUUUUCUCUUUCUCAUAUCUUCAAAUAUUUAUCAGAAAAAGCAUAUUUAUUUCUUUCGUCAUUUCAAAAUCAAUAGAAAGAAAUUUAAAAUCAUAGAGAUGAGAAUAGCAUGAAACACAUUGCAUAAGUCUUACAUUAUUCAUAUAAAAGAAUGAUUCUUAUUGAUGUCGUAAAAGUUUCAACAGAUCAAUCUAUAAAGAGAGCGUACUGUUGUUAAAUUUAAAGAAAUAGUGAUGAUGUACAUCUUUUAAAAUAACUACUAAAUUGACCUUGCCCGCAUUCUAACACAUUUACUUUCCAGGAUUGCAGUGUAAAAAGAAGACACACAGUAGAAGAACCGUUAGUCUUUUAAAAUAUUUUUUUCUCAGGACUGUAACGCUACUUCAAUUGACAUGUCUAAAUUAGAAGGAUAUGAGUAUUAUAGGAAGAGUUUAAACUCUGCCAAGUAUGUUGUUGCUCCAAUGGUUGAUGCAAGUGAAUUAGCUUUUAGAAUGCAAUGUCGUAAACAUGGCGCACAGCUAUGCUACACGCCUAUGUUCAAUGCUGGUUUAUUUGUGAAAAGUGAACAUUAUAGACAAGAGAAUUUUACAACAUGCCCAGAAGACCGACCAUUAAUUGUUCAAUUUUGUGCAAAUGACCCUAAAAUAUUUUUGGAAGCCUGUAAACUAGUUCAAGAUCGUUGCGACGGUGUUGAUUUAAAUCUAGGAUGUCCUCAGCAAAUAGCUCGUAGAGGUCAUUAUGGGGCUUUUCUACAAGAUGAGUGGGAACUUUUAGAAAAAAUGGUUAGUCUAUGUCAUAAAGAAUUAAAAGUUCCAAUAAGCUGCAAAAUUAGGAUAUUUAAAUCUCUUGAAAAAACCAUUAAAUAUGCAAAAACACUUGAGAAGGCCGGAUGUCAAUUGUUAACUGUUCACGGUAGAACAAGAGAGCAAAAAGGAGUCUUAACAGAUAUUGCCAAUUGGAAGUUUAUAGCUGAGGUUAGAAAGAAUGUGAAAAUUCCUGUACUUUCUAAUGGAAAUAUUCAAUAUUUCUGUGAUAUUGAAAGAUGCAUAAAUUUUACGGGAGUCGACGGAGUGAUGUCAGCAGAAGGGUGCUUAUACAAUCCUGCCCUAUUUGAAGGAAAAACUUAUGCAGCUUACUUUUUAGCUGAAGAAUAUUUAAAUUUUACGAAAAAGUAUCCAUGUCCUCUAGGUUAUAUACGUGGACAUGUAUUUAAGAUUUUAAAUCCUUGUCUACAAUGUGAUAUAGAUGAAAUGAGACGAGCGAGAGAUCUAAUAGCUGGCGCUCAAGCAGUUGACACAUUUUAUGAAGCUGUCGCAAUAGUCAAGUCUACCUGGCUGAGUUAUUACAGAGAUUCCAAUUUAAGUAAUGAAGCCUUGUUUCCGCUGAAAUUUGUUUGUCAGCCGUACGUUAGACCGCCUAUAAGAAAUAACGAAGAACAAAAAGAAGAAUCGGUGAAAUCUGGCAAACCAGAUAGAAGAGAUAUUUUAAAGAGAAAACUUGAGGAAAAAAUGAAAAUUUCCGAAGAAGAUAUGAAUCGUUUAUCUUUGAAAAAGUUAAAAAAGUAAGUAAUUUGAUUUAAACCUUAUGUUUUAGCAACAUAAAAGUCUUAGGUGAAUAACUUGAUUGGAAUUAUGAAAUUCCUACAUUUUCUACUUUUAUAUCCCAGUAUCAAACAUGAAGCGAGAUUGUUUAUAUUAUCCUUUGUUAAAUGUUAUUGGAAAUCCCUAUUUAAAUGUUAAUCAAAAUACGAAGAAAUGUUAGAAAUAGGAAACAAAUUAUAAAUCUUAUCUGUUUAGACUAUAUGAAGGCAAUUAUAUAGCUAUAUUGUAUAAUCAAUAUUGUAUAUCUAGUAAGAAAUAUUUAUAAACAAAUCCUUUUUAAACUACAAAAAAC